AUGACCGACGCCGCCGCAGAAUGCAACAUUAAAGUGCUGUGUCGCUUUCGCCCCCUGAAUCAAGCCGAGAUUCUGCGUGGGGAUAAAUUUCUCCCUACAUUUCAAGGGGACGACACCGUCAUCAUCGGAGGGAAGUCCUAUGCGUUUGAUCGAGUGUUUCCCAACAACACCACUCAGGAACAGGUCUACAAUACUUGUGCCAAGCAGAUUGUGAAAGAUGUCCUGGGUGGAUACAAUGGUACUAUCUUUGCGUAUGGACAAACGUCCUCUGGGAAAACCCAUACCAUGGAGGGAAACCUGCAUGAUCCCCAGCAAAUGGGCAUCAUUCCCCGCAUUGCUGAAGAUAUUUUCAACCAUAUCUUCUCCAUGGAUGAGAACCUGGAGUUUCAUAUCAAGGUGUCCUAUUUUGAGAUCUAUAUGGAAAAGAUCAGGGAUCUUCUGGAUGUCACUAAGACCAACCUGUCUGUGCAUGAGGACAAGAACAGAGUCCCAUACGUCAAGGGCUGUACUGAGCGGUUUGUUUCCAGCCCAGAGGAGGUGAUGGACGUGAUUGAUGAGGGGAAGUCAAACCGCCAUGUUGCAGUCACUAAUAUGAAUGAGCAUAGCUCUCGCAGUCACAGUAUCUUCCUGAUCAACAUUAAGCAAGAGCAUGUGGAGACAGAGCAGAAACUCUCUGGAAAGCUCUACCUGGUGGACUUGGCUGGCAGCGAGAAGGUCAGCAAGACUGGUGCUGCUGGUGCUGUUCUGGAUGAGGCCAAAAAUAUCAACAAGUCUCUCUCUUCCUUGGGCAAUGUUAUUUCAGCACUCGCUGAAGGAACGAAGACCCAUGUGCCGUACCGUGAUAGUAAGAUGACCAGGAUCCUGCAGGACUCGCUGGGGGGAAACUGCAGGACUACCAUGUUCAUCUGCUGCUCCCCCUCAAGCUUCAAUGAGGCUGAGACUAAAUCUACCCUCAUGUUUGGGCAACGAGCUAAGACCAUCAGGAACACUGCUUCUAUCAACCUGGAGCUGACGGCAGAGCAGUGGAAGAGGAAGUACGAGAAGGAGAAAGAGAAGAACAAGACUCUGAGAGACACGAUCCAGAGACUGGAGGCUGAACUGAAACGCUGGCGCAAUGGUGAGGAGGUGCCGGAGACAGAGCAAGCCCAGGCUGAUGUGGUGAAGCUGGAGACCAUCGAUGACUCAGCUUUGGACAAUGAGAGAGAGAUGGACAAGCAGAAAGAGAAAGAGAAAGAGAGGGAUACUGACUCCUCCUCCAUCGUGGUGCGUAUCUCCGAGGAGGAGCGCCAGAAAUAUGAGGAGGAGAUUCGCAAACUGUAUAGACAACUGGACGACAAGGAUGAUGAGAUUAAUCUUCAGUGUCAGUUGAUUGAGAAGUUAAAGCAGCAGAUGCUGGAUCAAGAUGAGCUGCUGGCCUCCACUCGUGGGGACAGUGAUAAGGUUCAGACGGAGCUGGGACGGCUGCAGAUGGAAAGCGAGAGUGCCAAGGCAGAGGUGAGGGAGGUGCUGCAGGCAUUGGAGGAGCUGGCCGUUAACUAUGAUCAGAAGAGCCUGGAGGUGGAGGAGAAGAGCCUCCACAACAAACAACUUGCCGAGCAACUAAGCCUCAAGAUGGCUAGUCUGAUGGAGCUGGAGGCAGAGCUAGCUCAGAUGCAGGAAGUGAGCUCACAGCAGAGGAAGCGCAUUGCCGAUGUUCUCAACGGUCUGAUGAGAGACCUGAGUGAGUUCAGCACCAUCGUCGGCAACGGAGAGAUUAAGCUGCCAGUAGAGAUUAGUGGGGCCAUAGAGGAGGAGUUCACCGUGGCGAGGCUGUACAUCAGUAAGAUCAAGUCGGAGGUGAAGUCCAUGGUGAAGCGUUGCAGGCAGCUGGAGAGCAUGCAGCUGGAAUGCCACCGUAAAAUGGAGGAGACCAGCCGCGAGCUCUCCUCCUGCCAGCUCCUCAUCUCGCAGCAUGAGGCAAAGAUCCGCUCUCUCACUGAGUACAUGCAGAAUGUGGAGCAGAAGAAGAGGCAGCUGGAGGAUAGUUAUGACGCUCUCAGUGAAGAACUGUCUCUCCUUCAGAACCCAGAGAGCGUCGCAGAGGAGCAUGAUGGUGAGAAAGCUGAAACAGAGGAGGCUGAUGGGAAGAAGGCUGUGCGUCGGGUGGGUGCCCACCGUGAACCUAGGCAGACUCAGCUCAGCAGGCUGAGAGACGAGAUCAACGAGAAACAGCGUGUCAUUGAUGAAAUCACUGAUAAGAACCAGGCCCUGGAGCUGGAAUUGGCCCAUGUGCGAUCAGACUUCAGUAAUCUGAAGAGACAGGAGGACAACAAGAGUGCUCGUUUGGAACAGCUAUCAUUCCAGCAGGAGAGGCACGAGCAGUCCAAACAGGAUCUGAAAGGACUGGAGGAGACUGUCGCCCGUGAACUCCAGACCCUCCACAACCUGCGCAAGCUGUUCGUUCAAGACCUCACGUCUCGAGUUAAAAAAAGUUCAGAAAUUGGACCUGAUGAUAGUGGGGGGUCUAACACCCAGAAACAGAAGAUUUCCUUUCUUGAGAACAACUUGGAUCAGCUUACAAAAGUUCACAAACAGCUGGUACGUGAUAAUGCAGAUUUGCGCUGUGAGCUUCCAAAGCUGGAGAAACGUCUUCGUUCUACGGCUGAGCGAGUUCGGGCGUUGGAGGUGGCACUGAGGGACGCAAAGCAGGGUGCCAUGAAUGACCGUCGCCGUUACCAGCAGGAAAUGGAACGCCUCCGUGACCCUACACGUCUGCGCAACCAGCUCCGCCGCCCUCAUGCCGCACAAAUCGCCAAACCAAUCCGGCCUGGGCACCAUGUUGUCAUGUCUCCGACAACCACACUGUCUGUGCGUGCCAGUGAGCCACCGGUCACAUCCUACAGCAAUGCCCUCUUUCAGAGAGAAGAGAAACCUGUCGUCCCAAAUACCAACACAGUGGGCUACAGUACUGUAAGAUCUGUAGAUAUUUUGAGCUCUUACCCUCUGGAUGUGGAAAACGGAAACAGCACAGAUAUUAAUGAUAACAGGAAUGAUGUUCACUGUGGCAGUGGGAUGGAAGAUCCAUCCAGACUUUACAUUGUGCAGCAAGAGACCGCAGCCAGCUAA